AUGGUGCGUAAAGACCACUCAAGAGACAACGACAAACUGCCCCUGCCCCGACCAACCGGGGUUGCGUGGCACAGAUCCAGCAGACUCCAUCAGACGCAGACGAUACGGCUAGCCCUGAACUUCCAACGGCAACUCGAGAAUGCCGUGCAGGACGUCGUUCGUCUCGCGGGUCCAACGCCCCCCGUCGACGGGACCGGUGCUGAGAUGCAACAACUCAGCAACGAGCUCACGGACAGCAGCUCAGGCCUCCAUGACUUCUUCUCUGACUUUGCGUCUACAGCUCUCCAUAAUGAGCGAAGGAGCGAUGGCUCUUGUCCCGCCAGGCGAGUCUUCGACCUUCCAGAGGUGCUCGAGCAGAUUCUCGGCUAUCUUGGUACCUUCGAGCUUCUCCGAGCAAUGGAGGUGGACAGAACCAUGUACCAAGCCAUCGAGUCGUCGCCCCUCCUUCAAGAAAGGCUUCGACUGCGACCCUCCUUGAGCGGAUACUGGGAGAACCCUUUUCUCGCGAGUUCGAACCGCCUCCGAGAGAGAGGGCUUGACAGAGGUCGCCCGCUUCCAAGCAGUGGGUUCCCGGGUUUUGCAUGCCGUAUCUAUACUACUGCCGAGGGCACAGGCUUCGCAGGCGUCACGGCCAAGUUCCCUCAUGAAAUCCCGAGGAUAGGCAAACGCUGCCGAGCGAUGCUGGUGUGUCAGCCACCGGUCUACACCAUGGGCGUCUACCCGACGUGCUGCAUGUACAAUCCCUAUGGAUUCGCGCCUCGCGACGGAGAGCGCCCCGAACCAGCGCGCAAGGACUUCGCAGGCGGGAGGUUGAUUCAAGAGGUGGCGGACCCGCCCUUCGAUGUUGUCACUUCCGACCGCGGCGUCACCGUGGGAGACCUCUGCGACAUGGCUGUCAAGACCAGGAAGCUGCACGAGAAAUGUCCCUGGGCCCCGCCCGCAGCUCACACGGACGAAGGCGACGUCUUCGUCAACGCAUCCUUUGGCGGCGCAGUGAAACUGCAGGCGGACGAUCCGGCCGUCAAGUUGAACGACGUCGCUCCUGUGCUGCCUCGUGACUAUGUGGAUCCAUUCUCCUCGACGCGGCCCUUUGGGAUCUUGGAUCGAUACGUUGCGGCGAAGGGACGAGGCAAGCAAGCACCGUGGACCUAUUCAGAAGUGUUGAUAUGA